AUGCCGUCGAUGCUCUGGCAGUAUCUACUCCUCACAACGCUCUUUUGGACAGCAAGCGUUAGAGCACAAGGCUGGGAGGACUUUGCCGAUAACUUUGCAACGGACUUGGCGCCUUUAGUCGCUCUUUUCGGUGAGCGGCUAACGAAGCAAUUUCUAGCCGAGUCUACGAGCCGUCUCGACAACCUGAUCUUUGCCUUAUGCCCGCUGGGCAUUUUAACGGCUGUGGUCUCCGUCAUUCGCAUUUGCGGAAACUCGUCUCUCCGAGCUUUUGUGGGCAGGGCCAAUGAAGCGCCUGGAGAGGCAGAAAAUGAGCUGCUUUCCUGCGUAUCUGAGGGCACAGCUGAGCUGUUCAACGAUGGUGGCAUUUCCAGAGUUUUUGGCAGGCCCAGAAUUUUGGAAGUAGUUGUAUGGGAAGAGCAGGGCUCGUACGAGCUCGGGACUCUCCGUGAUGCCCUUGAAGUAGGGGCUUGGUCUACGCAGGGAGAAGUGGUUCAGACUGAAAAGGGACUCCUAUCUCUUCCUGAGCUUGAUAUUCCCAACUUGUCUUUGAAUAAGGGCAUCGAGCGGAGAGGGCCCGGGUGGUUCUACGCUGCUGCCCUAUUGGGGGUUAUCCUACAAGGAGGCACCCUUGUAUAUGCCGGACUCACAGUCUUCUGGUACUCUGGUAUUUUUGGAAAUGACGAUGGUUCGUCUGAGAGCUAUGCGUUACCGUUUUAUCUUUAUGGGUCGAUCUCACUCAGUGUAGGCAUGUUUCUAUGUGCCUUUCUGAUAGAACGCUCCUCAAGCGAGAGUUACCUUCAGUCAGAGAAACCAAGUAAGCUUUACUGGUUGCAGCCUGGCCGACAGAAGAUCGGCGAGCAAGACUUCGGGGCUUUCCUUGCUGUUGAUGAAAGCCCGGGCUCUUCGACCUCAAAGAAACCAAAAUAUAUAAAAUCAGUCCGCGGUCCUCCACCCAGGGGCAAGCGAGCCCUACUUGUCUUUACUAUAUGUGUCACAAUGGUUGGAUUUGUGCUGCAAUUUGUUGGCCUUCGCGGCCUACAUCCAUCCGUCAUAAUCGCAGACGUUGGAUCAACGCUUCUCAUGGCCGUGGUACGCACAUGCUUGAGGACUAAACGAAUCGGCUCAGAUGGAAACCAGUUUCGCAAAGACGAUCGGGAACUGUUCUCCCACAAUCAGCAGGAACUGGAUUGCUUUGCCUAUCAUCUAGAAAAAGUCAAAUCGUUCCAUUUGAUGUCAAGCCCCGUACAUCAAUCAGUGCGGUCACGAUCUGGGUCAUGUACUACCAGUCAAUCGUCGCAAAUCUCGAAUCGACCGUCCGGACUUGGGGCGAAGCUGAUACGCACUAGGGCUAAGUUGGCAGAGCUCACUUCCUGCGACCGCCAUCCUAGUAUGAAUUGGGAUGAUCUCCCAAUACGAAAAGUUGCCCAAGAUCUAGCAAGGACUAUUGAGAUGACAAUGGAGGUGGUCUCCGGAUGGAAAGAGGUGCCUAGUAGCACCUCCAGUUUUGAACUUACCUUCGCCUGCCACCCGGAUGACGACAAAUCUCGGGGUUCUUUGGAAACGUACCCUAUUAUGCUUGAACGAUCAAACGACACAUUCCAAUGGAAAGUUGAUUCAUACGAGCUAGAAGCAAUUCUAGGGCUAUGGACCUUCUCUUUGUUGAAGUCGGAUCCAGGCUGGUUGCAGCAUGGCCUUGGGCGGGCAGUGGGAUUGACGAAGGAAGAGGCCAAGUCUCCAUCUACGGAUUUAUACUUCCACAAAUGGAUCUUUCGUCAAAGGGAAGCGAUAAUGGUGUCGCACAAGAUGAUAUCAUUUCCGGAGCAAAACUUUGGUUACUUUACUGGCAACGAUCUGGACAACAAGGAAAUCCUUGUCGUGAAAACCGACAACAACUUGGGAGUAAUGGCAGCACAAGACGUCUAUAUUCAAUUCAUUAUGUGCAUUCUCAGGGGGGUCAAGUGUCUUGGGGGCAAUGUGGAUAUCUUUCCAGUCUCCCAGAAUAGUUUCAUAGCCCAGAGUACCAGCCUGGAUGAGCUCGUGGCUUGCUUUGAAUCUGGGAAUCUGGGCUCGAGAGAGGAUGCCUUACUGUGCAUAGUGCCGGCACUGAAUCACUUGGACAUCCUCCCCGAGCUUGCUGGCGACACGAGUACAGUUCGAGAGCGUGUUCAGAAACUUACCUCUGACGGCAACUGGGACGGCGCCUUCUCUAUCCUCCAAUGGCUCAGUAGACGCUCUGAAGGAAACGAAUAUGAGCGCUCUGUGUACGAGCUUGGGCUUCUCUGUCAGCGAGCAAUGCUUACCAGUACCGCAGGCGUCCGAGACACAGGCUUUGAGAUAGCGAAGUUCCUCCUUCAGUGUGAUAUCAGGGCGAACUUCUUCGAAGGUCUCAGAAACCUUCGGCCAUCCAGUUGGAUGAAUUCUCAUGAGCCUAGGGAAUGGUGGACCAAAUUCUCAAGCCAGCUAGGUUGGGCGACAUGGCAUAUUGCCAAUCGACUCAAUCGACAGGUGAUCAUGGAUCACAUUGAAUCGAUUGGACUCCUAAAUAACCCAAUCCUCGAAACAAAGACGACAUGUCUUAACUCUACGAGACCAGACGUCGCCCAACUUAUGGUACUAGCAUCUCUCGACCCUGAGUUCGUUGUUGAGCUUCAAGGCGAUUAUCAGAAUGGAGAUGACUUGUACAUGGCGGAAUCUCUUUAUUGGGUCAACUCGAAUGAGCAAGCAGCCCUUCGCUACUGGCUUCUGGCCCGAUGGGCUGAGUACGGAAAGCAGUUUCCACACCAAGCCAUGAAAGCAUUUGUCCGCGCGGCGCAGAGCUCGAAGUUAGCGGUCGCAACGCUAUGUCGCCAAGGCGCAGAUAUCAACGCGGUUGGGAACGAACGAUGCACCGCUCUGAUGGAGCUGGUCUCAACCGCGGAUAAAGAAGGAACAAGGACGUUACUUGAGCACGGCGCAGACGUAAAUGCAUGCUCCACUACCAACAAAUUGUCUUCGUUGGGCUUUGCUGCCAUUCAAGGUCACGCGGAUAUUUUAUAUCUACUUCUUGAUCAUGGAGCAGACCUUGAGCUUCGUAACCUGUUUGGCCAUACAGCUUUACAAUCAGCAUGCACAGAAAACCACUUAGCCUGUGCCACGCUUCUCCUCGAAAGAGGAGCGAACAUUGAAUCCAUCGCGACGGACGGUCGCACUCCUCUCCUUUUGGCUACGGUGGGAGGCUACCUGGACAUAGUCAAACUCCUUAUAGAAAGAGGAGCCAACAUUAACGCCACGGAUUCUCAAGGUAGCACCGCACUGAUGCUAGCGGUGACCAUACAGUCCGAGGAACUCGUCUCUUUUCUACUCAGUAUGCGGGCAGACAAAAACAAGGGUGACGAUGUAGGCAGGACAGCGCUUGCUAUGGCAUAUGAACGAGGGUAUACAUCGAUUUCAGCUAUCUUGGAGGCUGCAUAG